AUCUUAUUUUUAUCCGAAAAGAUUUCUAUACAAUAAUUUUUUCGACUGGCUAUUUAAUUAAAGAUUAGCAAGAGAAUUUUCUCCUCUCUUUCACAUACUAAUUAUAUUGAAUUGAAAUGACUUAACAUGAAUGAAUUCCAAAUGUUUUUGAUGUGAAAAUGAGUAUUGAUUCUGAAUUUCAAAGACAUUUUUGUUUAGAUCUCAGUCAAUUUCAGUAAAGUCAUUUUCAUUUUAAAUAAUUCUUUUUUCCUCCUUCGAACUCAUUUUCGUUGAACAAAUGGAAAAAAGAUUUGAUUAUUUUUUUGUUUUCAAAAAAAACCAGAUCUUUUCUAAGAUCGAGCAUAAUUAUUUUUCUUUUACAACAGAAAAAUCAUUAAAUAAAGUUAAACUUUUUCGAUGAACUCAGCCCUCUCUUAGUUGAUAUUUAUAAAUCAUCCGAGAAUAUAGAACAGCAAUUGUCGAAAUCUUUUCAAAAUUAAUUUCAAAGAAUUUUUCCAAGAAAAACAUAAAUGAACAAUAUCAUUUUGUUUCCAUUUCUUCUCUAAUAUUCUUUCUAUUUUUCUUGUUUUUAGCUCUUUCAUUCAAUCAGCCAAAGUUGGGUUCAACACCUAUUUGGGAUUCCAAUGGAAUCACCAGUGCUAAUCGAUCGAUUGUUGGUGAAUAUCCUUGCGCCAUUUUUGUGAACACAAAUAACACAAUUUAUGUCGCUAAUCGAGAAAAUAACACAAUUGUAAUGUGGCAAGAAGAGGGUAGUAAUCCAAUAAAGAUCAUUCAUGGUAAUUUUUCAAACUCUGCCUCUCUCUUCGUAACAUCAAAUGGUGAUAUUUAUAUCGAUGAUGGAUAUGACAAUGGUCAGGUACAAAAAUGGAUAGCAGAAACAAAUACUUUUGCCACGGUGAUGAAUGUCAACUCGUCAUGUGAUAGUUUGUUUGUCAAUAUCAAUAGUACUCUUUAUUGUUCAAUGUUUGAUCAUCAUCAAGUAGUGAAAACAUCAUUAAAUGAUACUCUGAUGACUUCAAAUCGUGUUGCUGCUGGAACAGGUAUUGAAGGAUCAGAUUCGAAUCAACUCGCUGGUCCUUUUGGAAUCUUUGUCGAUGUGAAUUCGGAUUUAUAUGUGACGGAUUGUGGAAAUCAUCGAGUUCAGUUGUUUCAGUUAGAAGAAUCAAACGGUAUCACAGUAGCUGGAAGUACAUCACUAAAUCCAACAAUUACACUUGUUCGUCCAACUGGAAUUACAUUAGAUGCUGAGAAAUAUUUAUUCAUUGUGGAUAAUAACAAUCAUCGCAUUGUUGGUUCAGGCUUGACCGGUUUUCGAUGUUUAGUUGGAUGUUAUGGAAUAGGUUCACAAUCCAAUCAAUUGAAUAAGCCAUUUAGUUUAAGUUUCGAUCAUUCUGGAAACAUGUUUAUUACUGAUCAAUUAAAUUCUCGAAUUCAAAAAUUUUUAUUGAUGAAAGAUUCUUUUGCUCUUUCAUUCAAUCAGCUAAAGUUUUGUUCAACAGCCACUUGGAAUCCCAAUGGAAUUACCACUGCUAAUCAAUCGAUUGUUGGUAAAAAUCCUCUCGCCAUUUUUGUGAACACAAACAACACAAUCUAUGCUAUUAAUCAACAAAAUAACACAAUUAUAAUGUGGGAAGAAGAAAGUGUCAAUCCAACAAAGAUCAUUCACGAUAAUUUUUCAAACUCCGCCUCUCUCUUCGUGACAUCAAAGGGUGAUAUUUAUAUCGAUGAUGGAUAUGGCAAUGGUCAGGUACAGAGAUGGAUAGCAGGAACAACUACAUUUGUCACGGUGAUGAAUGUCAGCUCAUCAUGUUUUGGUUUGUUUGUCGAUAUCAAUGAUACUCUUUAUUGUUCAAUGUUUAAUCAUGAUCAAGUACUGAAAACAUCAUUAAAUGAUUCUGUGAUGUCUUCAAAUCGUAUUAUUGCUGGAACAGGUAGUCCAGGGCCAGCCUCGAAUCAACUCGCUGGUCCAGGCGGGAUCUUUGUUGAUAUGAAUUUGGAUUUAUAUGUGACAGAUUGUAGGAAUGAUCGAGUUCAGUUGUUCCUGUCAGAAGAAUCAAAUGGUAUUACAGUAGCUGGAAGUACAUCACUAAAUCCAACAAUUACACUUCGUUGUCCAAAUGGAAUUACAUUAGAUGCUGAGAAAUAUUUAUUCAUUGUAGAUAGUAACAAUGAUCGCAUUGUUGGCUCAGGUGUGAAUGGUUUUCGAUGUUUAGUUGGAUGUUAUGGAUGGGGUUCACAAUCCAAUCAAAUGAAUAAGCCAUUUAGUUUUAGUUUCGAUCAUUUUGGAAACAUAUUUGUUACUGAUCAAGGAAAUUCUCGAAUUCAAAAAUUUCAAUAUUUUGAAGAAUCGUGUGAUAGCUCAUUACUAGUAAAAUCAAUGUAUUUAUCAUCGUUGACACCAAAUAGUUCAAUUUAUUUUCAAGAUUGUUCAGAGUUUGAUUCUUAUUAUGAAGAGAUACAAAUGAACGUCAAUAUAACUGGAUAUUAUACUUUUCAAGUCAACAGUACGAUGAAAACCAUGUAUGCUUAUAUCUACACAAAUAAUUUCAAUCCAUUCAAUGUGUCCAAAAAUAUUCUCAGCAAAAAUGGAGACUCUCGUAAUCAAAGCCAAUAUCAACUCACAGCUGUUCUUGAAGCUAAUAUGAAAUACGUUUUCGUUGUGACAACAUCUGCUUCAAAUGUAACAGGAAAUGUUUCAAUUGAAGUAUCUGGCCGAAGCUAUAUCGAUUUUAACAGCAUCAGUUAUCCAUCAGUCAUCGAAAUACCAUAUUCAUCAGCUGUACAAUCGAACUAUUCAUCAGAGUUGAAUACGAGUAGUCAAACAUAUUCUAGAGAUUGUCGAAAAUCGAAUUAUUAUUAUCAAACUAUACGAAUGAAUGUAGUGGAAACUGGAUAUUAUGCUCUGAGUAGUAAUAGCAGUAUGGAUACAUUUGGUGAUAUUUACAAAGAUGAUUUCAAUCCAAUGAAUCCUUUUGAGAAUCUACUAUCACAGGAUUAUCGAGCAUGUAGUUCUCAAGAUUUCAAGUUCAUUGCUUAUCUCUAUACUGGUACUACAUACAUAUUAGUGGUGACGACAUCUUCUUCAAAUACGACAGGAAACUUUUCCAUUCUGACAUCUGGUCCAGAUAACAUUACUCUUGAUCCUUACACUCGAGCUUUGACCAGUUGUUUCAUUGGUCAAAAAUGUCAGUUUUAUAAAAAAAGUAUUGGUGUCACUCUUGAUGAUAUUUUACGUGACGAAAUUCGACCGAACAUGACAGUGGCUGAUCAAACAGUGCUGAUGAAAAUCAAUGCCGCUACAACGAUGAUUAUGUUUGUUGGAGGUUUAAUCAACAGUUUGUUGUCUAUAUUAACAUUUCAAAAUAAAGAUUUACGACAAGUUGGAUGUGGGAUCUAUCUCUUAGCAUCAUCAAUUACUUCUUUUCUUACCAUCAGCAUGUUUACAGUGAAGUUCUGGUUUGUGGUUCUCACUCAAAUGAAUCCAUCGAUUCGUCUUUCUGUUGUUCGAGCAGGUUGUGUAUCGAUCGAACCUCUUCUCAAGCUUUGUCUUUAUUUGGAUGCUUGGCUCAAUGCUUGUGUAGCGAUUGAAAGAGCGAUUCUCGUUUUCAAAGGAAUCAACUUCAAUAAACAGAAAAGUCGACGCAUUGCUCGAUGGAUCAUUCUCAUCUUACCAUUGUGUGUCAUGGGAUCAAUCAUUCACGAACCCAUACACCGAGAAUUACAUGAGAUAACGACAGAGACAAGCAAAGUAGAUAUCGAUAGAUGGUGUGUAACCGGUUAUUCUCCUUCAGUUCAACAAUACGAUACGAUCAUACUAUUUUUUCAUCUUGUCGCUCCAUGUAUUAUCAAUCUUUGCUCUGCUCUAUUCAUCAUAUUUGGAUCAGCUCGACAAAGAUCAACAGCUCAAACAAGACAAACUCUGAGAGAACAUGUUUAUAAUCAACUUAGUGAACACAAACAAUUAUUAAUCAGCCCAAUUAUUCUUCUGAUUCUGUCCUUACCCCGUCUAAUUAUGUCAAUGUUAUCAGAAUGUGUCAAUCCAUCGAACCAUCGAUUGUUAUUUAUUUUUGGUUAUUUUGUUUCAUUUACUCCAUCGAUGCUUAUCUUUCUUGUUUUUGUCCUUCCUUCAGUAUUGUACAGAAAAAAAUUUCAAGAAUCAUUCAGGCAAUGGCGACGACUCAUUCAUCAAUAAUCAAUAUUUCUUCGUUACUUCAGAACUUUUCUAAUUUAUUGAUAUAGUAUUCGCUUCGAUUUGACAAUUAAUCGAGAAAUGUCGAUCAAACAGACCAACAUUUUCCGUCUUUUGCAUAGACUAUCAGAUAAUGAAAAGCAAAUUUGAUGAAUUUCUAUUGAUAUUAUUUCUAACCUCUUGAAAAAUGAAGAACGCUAGGCGUGAAGGCGAAACCUCACAAGUUCCGAAAGUGUUGUUUCUGAAAAAAGUUCUUAUAUCGAUUUCUCAGCUUGCUAUUUAAUAAAAUUUUAUGUCAAUGUAAUUUUCAUCCCUAAAAAUAUUAUUUAUAAACUGAAAAUGAUUAGACAAAAUAUCGGACUAACAAUAAAAUAGAAUUCAAUCCUGCUUAACAUUUCAAAAUUAGUAUCUAACACAGUUUUCAAAAAUGAUCAUUUUAAAAAGUUGUGAUGAGACUUGUCUCAACACUUGGAUUGAUUAUCGUUAAAACAAUGAAUAAAAUUAUAUUUAAGGGUGUUGAUGGUGUGGGUGUAGGUAAUUAAUGAGAAGAAUACACACCCACAUCUUUCUUUUAUUUAUAUACUUUCAAUUAAAAAAUGAAUAUCUGUUGAAUAUCGACGACUCAUUACCAGAAAGAAUAUUAACACGUAGACAUAUAUGGUUGUAUAAAGGAAAAUAUAUAUUAAAGAUUUAUCUAUUGAUAUUCAUAUCGACUUAUAAAUAUUCUCUUUUUGAGUAUUAAAAAUCUUAUAAAAUGUCAUUUUCAUAGAAUCUUUUAUCAUAUCAAUAUUGACAUCAUUUAGACUUUAUUUCAAAUCAUAUAUGGAUAAUAAUAUUAUUGCUGAUCUUUUAAUUAUUAUUAUUUCAUUAAAUUUUCUUAAAUAAAUAUAUUUGAUUUAUUAAUUUUUUUUUUAGUUUAAACAAUUAAAUCGAUUUAUAUUAAAUAUUGAUGAUUAUUAUAAUAUUUAAUCAUUACAAACAUUUAAUUUUCAAAUAUAUUUUAUUAUGUUCAAUGAUUUGCUUGCUAAACGUCGAAAGGUAAAAUAUCGAAAGGCAAAAC